AAUUCAGUCGUUGCCCGGAAGUAGAGUCGGUGGAAUUCUUCCUCAGAUUGUUAUCGCAGCAGAAUCCAGUGCAAAUGUGGAGGAAGGACUGAAACUAGCUGAAAGCUGCGGCUAUUUUCCCAUAUUUAUGGACAUUCAGCAUUCACCCGGAUCCCAUCCUGUCAAAUAUUAUAAUAUUUGAAGUCUUGUGUCUAAUAAGCGGAACAGAAAGUGGUCGUGAAUAUUGGUAAAUAACGGACAGUAGAUGUUGACAGCAGAGAACUUCACACCCAGACAUGGUGCUUUGACAGAAGUGAUGCUGCAUCGCCAGUAUGGAGUCUUUGAUAUUUUAUUUAGUGCUGUUAGCUCCACUUUUAGUCCAUUGUGCUGUGAAACCAGCAUCUGUUGAAGAAGACUUGAGAAAUCAGGAAGAGGUACAAGAGUUUGAUGCGCUUAGCUCAUUACUGUCAGACUUUGAGGUGGUGCCUGCAUCAGGACUCCAGCUUCACUCGGUCAGGAAAAGGGAAGUUGAUGCCCGAUCACAUGUGGAGCGGCUGGUCAGCUUCACAGCUCUUCAGAGGCACUUCCAACUGUACUUGACAACAAACACAGAACUUUUCACGGACAACUUCAAGGCUGUAUUCUUAGAUGAGAAUGGAAAAGAGGACCAAUAUGAUAUUCAGUUACAGAAUUACUUUAAAGGACACUUAGUGGGAGAGGAGCACUCACGUGUGCAGGCACACAUAGAUGGGGACGAGUUUUCAGCCCACAUUCUUACUGAAGAGGCCGAAUAUAAUGUAGAGCCCUUGUGGCGGUUUACAGAGUCGCCCCCUGAUGGCCGUUUGCUGGUGUACCGCUCAGAAGACAUUAAGAACAUCAGUCGACUGUCCUCACCCAAAGUGUGUGGAUAUGUGAACGCUGAUUCCCAGGAUCUCCUACCAGAAGAGGCAAGAGCAGCAGGACAGACGGAACCGGAGGAGGAGCCUCACAACAGAGAGAGAAGAUCUACAGAUGGCCACAAGAAGAACACCUGCCCGCUGCUGUUAGUGGCAGAUCAUCGCUUCUAUAAGCACAUGGGCCGUGGAGAGGAGAGCACCACCCUCAACUACUUGAUUGAGCUGAUAGACAGAGUGGAUGAUAUCUAUAGGAACACAUCUUGGGAUGAGGAAUUUAAAGGUUACGGCGUGCAGAUUAAUCAGAUAAUCAUAAACAAGCAGCCCACUAAAGUUGCCCCAGGAGGGAUACACUACAACAUGGAUGGAAGCCCAUUUGGAAGAAGCGACGGUGUUUGGGAUGUGAAGAAGCUUCUGGAACAAUUCAGUUAUGACAUCGCAGACAACGCCUCUACAGUUUGCCUCGCCCAUCUCUUCACCUAUCAGGACUUUGACGAUGGCACUCUGGGUCUGGCAUACGUGGCCCCAUCCAAACAGGGAUUGGGAGGACUCUGCCCUAAACCAUACUAUCCAUCCCAGACUGUCAAGAAACCCAGUUACCUGAACACUGGCUUGACAAGCACCAUGAAUUAUGGAAAAACUAUUCUGACUAAGGAAGCAGAUCUUGUAACCACUCAUGAGCUCGGACACAACUUCGGAGCUGAACACGAUCCAGACAACAUAGUUUCUUGUGCGCCCAAUGACGACCAGGGUGGCAAAUAUGUCAUGUACCCUAUUGCGGUCAGCGGAGAUCACAUCAACAACAAGCGCUUCUCCAACUGUAGCAAGACCUCGGUCAGUAAGGCGUUAAAGAUCAAGGCCCAUCAGUGCUUUAAGGAGAGGAGCAGUAAGCUGUGUGGGAACUCCCGUGUGGAGGAGGACGAAGACUGCGACCCUGGACUGCUUCAUCUCAAUGAUGACCCCUGCUGCACAGCUAAGUGCAAAUUCAAGAAGGAUGCACUAUGCAGUGACAGGAACAGCCCCUGCUGCAAGGAGUGUAAGUUUGAAAAAGCAGAUAAGAUCUGUCAGGAGUCCAUCAAUGCCACCUGCAAGAGCAUAUCGAGGUGCACAGGCAAGAGCAGUGAAUGCCCCACACCUGGUAACCUGGCUGAUGAUACAGAGUGUGUGGACAAGGGUCGAUGUCAGAAGGGCGAGUGCAAGCCUUUCUGUGAGGCCUUGCAUAACCUUGAGUCCUGCGCCUGCAACGAGACUGAACACUCAUGUAAAGUGUGUUGUAGAAGAAAAGACGGGCUGUGCACUCCCUUUGAUAGUAAAGGGUCAUAUCUUUACCUGCGCAAGGGCAAACCCUGUACCGUUGGCUUCUGUGACGGGGCCGGUAAAUGCAUGAAGCAAGUCCAAGAUGUCAUUGAACGUUUAUGGGACUUUAUAGACAAACUGGACAUCAACACAUUUGGGAAGUUCUUGGCUGACAACAUAGUGGGAUCAGUGGUGGUCUUCUCUCUCGUGUUCUGGAUUCCUCUAAGCAUACUGGUGCACUGUGUGGACAAGAAACUGGAUCAACAAUAUGAGGAAAACUCCAAAACUAUGAUGUACCCCAGUAGCGCAGAGAUACUGAGCGGUCUGGAAUCGGCGCCCCUCCGCAUUGUCAAGGCCCCUCAUCUGCAUUCAGCGGCAGCACGACCUCAGCCCUCACUGGGCCCCACGGGCCCCGGCGUCUCAUCGGCACAGGAGACGCUCGCCGCCCCAGACCCUGCCAACCUCUCCGCCGCACCCAGAGCGGAUCAGCUGCGAAUGGACACCAUCGAGGAGGACCCCAGCGGCGACUCCUCUCACCCGGACGAGGAGGAAGGCUUCCCUCCAAGCAGCACAGCUGCCAGGUCCUUCGAGGACCUCACCGGACAGGCAGUGCCAUCCCGCGGGGACAAGAGACGGCUGACGAGACAGGCGCGCAUUGACAGUAAGGAGACCGAGUGCUGAAGACACAGGCUCAUAUUUAUGUCAAAUAUCACUCGAUUGAGACAAGAGCCUUGAUAAACAGGGUGCAAUCAGGCUUCGUUUUGUUGGUGCACUUAAAAGUGUAUGUGAUGUGUAGACUGCUGACACAUUUCGGUUGUUUCUUAAAAAUUUUGUAGCAUUAUUUUAAUUACAAUUGUUAAUUGUUACAAAUAUAGUGUCACUUAAAGAAUUAGUUCACUUCAGAAUGAAAAUUUCCUGAUAAUUUACUCACCCCCAUGUCAUCCAAGAUGUUUGUCUUUCUUUCGUCAGUUGAAAAGAAAUUAAGGUUUUUGAAGAAAACAUUCCAGGAUUGAAGAUCCAAAAACAUUCCAACGAGUUGAAGGUCCAAAUCGCAGUUUCAGUGCAGCUUCAAAGAGCUCUACAUGAUCCCAGACGAGGAAUAAGAGUCUUAUGUAGCAAAACAAUCACAUCGGUCUAAAAAAAAAAAAACACUUGCUCGGAACUUUCCAAUGUGAUUACAUAAUGUGUGGUGCAUCACAGUACUAGUGCAAGAUGAGCAUUUGUGGUUAAAAAUUAUCUAAAGGUGUUUUUUUCUCAUC